AUGUUUAAGAAACAAAUUUCUCAUCUGGUUGUGACUGUCACUGAUGAUGCUAAGACUACACCGUUGGAAGAUUUAGCUACAUAUGUAUAUGGACGUAUUUUUACUUUUUUUACAAGUGUAACUCAUUUGGAGUUUGGUAUUUACUAUACUUCUCGACAUCCAACAUUGUUCCUCCAGGCUUUACCAUCGAAUAUUUGUUUCUCGUCAAAAAUAGUUCAUUUAUGUGUCAAAGUUCUUUAUUUUGAUGAUUGUCUUCGUUUACUUGAUGGUCGUCUCUAUCAAAUGAAUACUUUUGUUGUCACUGUUGAUUGGUUUUCAUGUAUUUCAUCACAUACCAUUCGACUUAGGAAUCUCAAAUGUUUUUCGUUAAUGUCACGUGCUACAACAACAACAUAUGAUGAUCAAAUCGUACCAUUACUUCGUCAAAUGUCACAAUUAAAAAAGCUUACAUUAUCUCUCAAGAUUGGCAAUCGAAGAACAUACGUCGAAGGUACUCAUCUAAACAAUGAAAUUCUCAGUCAAAUGUCCUAUCUUCGUACAUUUAUCUUUGACAUUGUUACACAUAUUGUAGACAGCAAUGAAAUUCUGAAGUCUAAUGAUGACGUUCGACGUAUAUUUGUCCAACAUGUUGAUGGUUAUAUUGACUAUUUUCCAAAUCGAGAAGGCCGAUGUCAUCUCUUUUCACUUCCAUUCACCAUGAAAUAUAUGCAUGCUGUAACAAACAAUUUUCCAGGCGGUAUAUUCAGAAAAGUACGCAUGUCAUCUAUAUUUGAUGACAUACGUUCAUUUGAAUAUGACUUUUUUAAAUGA